AUGGCCGACUUACAGGGCCGCAAGGUCUUCAAGGUCUUCAACCAGGACUUCGUCGUGAAUGAGCAGUACAAUGUGACCAAAGAGCUGGGCCAGGGCGCAUACGGUAUCGUGUGUGCCGCAACCAACGCUCAGACUGGCGAAGGUGUCGCCAUCAAAAAGGUCACCAAUGUUUUCAGCAAGAAGAUCCUCGCCAAGCGAGCUCUGCGCGAGAUCAAGCUGCUCCAGCACUUCCGGGGUCAUCGCAAUAUUACCUGCCUGUACGAUAUGGACAUUCCCCGCCCGGACAACUUCAACGAGACAUAUCUCUACGAGGAAUUGAUGGAGUGUGAUUUGGCGGCUAUCAUCCGCUCUGGCCAACCCUUGACUGAUGCGCACUUCCAAUCCUUCAUCUAUCAGAUCCUCUGCGGUCUCAAGUAUAUUCACUCUGCCAACGUACUGCACCGUGACCUGAAGCCUGGUAAUCUGCUUGUCAAUGCGGACUGUGAGCUGAAGAUUUGUGACUUUGGCCUGGCCCGCGGCUUCUCGAUCGACCCGGAGGAGAAUGCGGGCUAUAUGACUGAGUAUGUUGCGACAAGAUGGUACCGUGCACCGGAAAUUAUGUUGAGCUUCCAGAGUUAUACCAAAGCUAUUGAUGUCUGGUCCGUGGGCUGUAUCCUUGCCGAGCUGCUUGGUGGACGCCCCUUCUUCAAGGGCCGCGAUUACGUUGACCAGCUGAACCAGAUCCUGCACUACCUGGGCACCCCUAGCGAGGAGACCCUGGCGCGCAUUGGGUCACCCCGGGCCCAGGAGUACGUGCGCAACCUGCCGUUCAUGCCCAAGGUUCCCUUCCAGCGCCUCUUCCCGACCGCCAACCCCGACGCGCUGGAUCUGCUGGACCGCAUGCUUGCCUUCGACCCGUCCUCGCGGAUCUCCGUUGAGGAGGCCCUCGAGCACCCCUACCUGCACAUCUGGCACGACGCCUCAGACGAGCCGACCUGCCCGACAACCUUCGACUUCCAGUUCGAAGUGGUCGAUGACGUCCCGGAGAUGCGCAAGAUGAUCCUCGACGAAGUCAUUCGCUUCCGCGCCACUGUUCGCCAGCAGUCCCAGGCCCACGCCACCCAGCAGCAGCAGCUGGCCCAGCAGACCAACGUCCCCAUCCCCGAGAACCAGCAGGGCGGCUGGAAGACCGAGGAGCCCAAGCCCCAGGAGGCGGCCGCUGGCGGCGGGCAUCUGAACGAUCUGGAGUCCUCGCUGCAGCGCGGCAUGGACUCGGUGCACCAUUGA